CUGGCUGAUGAGGCAACCUUAGCUGCCAUUAGCAGAAAUGGAGGGAGGGGAAAGGCUUGAGCUGCAGUCAGUUUGGGAAACUUAGCCUCAACCAGUUUCUACUGAGCACCAACAAGAAGAGCGGAAGUCCAAUAAAACAUGAUGGUUUGACUAUCAAGAGCAAGUAAGAAACCAGACAAAGAAAAAGCAGAAGAAGAAGACAAACCCAUGGCUGGAUUGUUUUCAGAUAAGGGGUCUGUGCAGCAGUCCUGACACCCAGGUGUGACCAGAGGCAGAAGGGGUUCCAAUGGCUACUGCAAAUGAUGACCCACACCUGGGCAUUGGCCCAUCUGAGGACUCAGAGAUCUCCCUGGAUGACUCUGACUCAGGGAGUGUACUUUCUGAUGACUCAGUUCUUCCCAGCUAUGAAAGGGAUGAAAAAUCUACAGAACCGGCUGAAACACUGUACGAGGCCUGCGCAAAGAAUGAUGCCGCAUCCCUGCGCAGCAUCAUGGAGAGAGGAGUCACGCGAGAUGAGGCCAUGGAGCUAGACAUCAAUGGCAGGAAUGGUCUGAUGCUGGCUGUGUCCAAGGGUUUUGUAGACAUUGUCACCUUGCUUCACACGUGCCCAUUAAUAGACAUCAACCACCAAGACAAUGAUGGCAACACUGCUCUCAUGAUUGCUGCCCAAGCAGGCUUCAUCACCAUCCUGAACUAUAUCCUUAACUACUACUCUUGUGUGGACACUGAGAUCAGGGACCCCCGUGGCUUCACAGCUCUCAUAAAGGCAGGCCUACAAGGCCGAGAAGAGUGUGUUUCCGCAUUGCUAAUGCAUGGUGCAGACGUCAAUGCAAUAGAUCUCGUUCAUGGGAAAGGUCUAAAGGACUGGACCCUUAGGACGGGAAGGUUUGAGACUCUGAAUAGACUGCGUCGCCUGCAGACUCGUCCUGUUGCAGAACAAUUCUGUGAAAGCUACAUUCCUGAGUGGCCUGAGUUGAAGCUACUGGUGGCGAAGGCUACAGCAGCCAAAACAGCUAGUCAGAAGCUGAGGCAGCGCUUAAAAGACAGCCUUAGUUUUAGCUUCCCACAUGACCCCCAAGACAAUGGGGUCAUGGACCACAUGGUGCGGAUGACUACAAGCAUCCACAGCCCCCUGAUAGCUACUGGUUGCCGUCCACUCUGUCCCACCAGCCCCCCAGAGAUUGGCAAGCGACGGUUUGCCGUACCGGAACUGCUUGACAAGCACAGCAGCAAGGAGUUGGAGGAGAGCACGGUGUCCCACAGUAACGGCUCCAUCACCUCAGCUUCACCUGUGUCAGCCGCCUCUGUAUCACUGACCUCCUGCUGCCAGGACUCAGAGCGCAGGCAAAGCUUGCCAACAGGUGGAAUGAAAAGCUUCAUGCCACGUAGCAUGGCGCACAGAAACAGCAUCUUCCCCUCAGGCUGUAUUCCUAAAAUUGAAGUUACAAAAUCUGCAGAGCGCACUCCAAAGAAGGAGAAAAAGAACAAAAGGCAAAAGGGUUACCUGGAGCCUCCUGUCUGGAAGUACAAGGAGGCCAAAGAGGAGAAAAAGAGAGAGAAGAAGAAUCAGGAAAAGGAAAAAGAGGAACAAAAAAAAUCUAAGGGGUCCAAACAUUCAUGAAGUGAAAAUGUCUGUGUUUCCUUUUGAACACGUGACAAAGAAGUAACAAAACAAUGUUGGAGUGACAGCUGAUAAGUAAAUAAUACAACGGUGGAUGUGGAGUUUGGGUUGGCAUGAGCUUGAGAAAGGUGGAGUGGCUGCUUGUGAUGUAUUUUUCAGCAUCUUUGUAAAGCGGAAACUGAUGCAAACCAAAUGUUAUUUGGUUUUACAGAUACACAGUAACUUUGCUGUUUUCCUAUCAGCAAAGGUGGACUGGUGAAUCUUUUGAGGAUGCAGUUACGCUGACUGCAGACGCCUGCAACGGUGUCAUUUUUCUUUGAAACCUCACUUUUGUGAAGAUUUCACCCAUCUGUAUUUUGUAAAUAACUUCUAAGUAGCAUGCCAUUAAGGCAUUUAACGACAAUGUAAGCAUAUAGGUGAUAGCCAGUACUGUACAUAUACUGUAUGUGAUCAAAUGCCUUCAGGAAAUGCAUUAAUGCCACAUUUAAUCAAAGACUGUGAAAGGCAAAAAAAAAAAAACUCUGGUAAAAAUAAUAAUAAUAAUAAUAAUAGUAAUAGAUCUUAAGGCUACAAAUUUUAAAAAUUACAAAAAGGGUGUCUUGGCAAGAUGUUGGAUCACUAUGUGCUACACUGAACCUUGGUAUUGAUUCUAGACUGUUCUUCCAAAAAAUAUUCCCAUAUUUGCUGUUUUGAUGGUGGAUGUCCAACACUCUCUGAAAGACAUUCAACUUGAUUGAGUUCUGAUGACUGCUUAGGCUAUGGCAUAUGAUUCAUAUCAUUUUUAUACACGUCAAACUAUUUACUGACUCCCUGUGCUCUAUAGCACAGAGGAUUGUCACCCUAGACGAGGAUAGAAAUGUUCCAUCAUGGCAUAAAAAUUGAUGACUCAGAACACUUUUUAUUGAUUUCUAUCCCAGCUCGCCUCUUAGGCCUGAAAUAUAUACCCAUACAGAUCUGUGUAUGGCAGCUGCAGAAACUAUGAACAAGUAGCUGCUUUUAUUAUUUUACUUCCUAUUCUGCUUGGAGGAAGAAUGCACAUUUGGUGUAGUGGCUGUGUAACAACAAACUGACUGCAGACAUUUUUAGUUUUCACAGUAGGGAAAGCACAAGUGUAUAAUUCAUGGCUCAAUUCCAUUAAGUGUCUCAGCGAGCCAUGACAAGGAACCAGCAUGCAGUAAAGCACAGCCUCCUCUGAGUGGGAUGCAGUCAACAUUAAUACACCUGUGCUUUCCCUACUGUAAUCAAAAUGUCUUCUCUGAAAAAGGUAUAGGGUUCUGGUUCUUCCUUUAAUUUGUCACAUGUCUGUGAUUUGUUUGUUCUUUUUAUGUGAGCUUUCUGAGAGCCAGCUACGCAUCAUGCAGCAUCUACCAGAUGCCUUUGUCUUUUCAACUUCAUCUGAAUUCUCCAAACUGUUUUUCUGUGUCAUGUAAAUGAUGUUUGUGAGAUACUCUGCAGCAUCUUCUUUCAUAGAGGAAAAAAAUGUUCAGUGGUUCACAAAUAGAAAUCUUCAGCCUGCUGAUUCAUGGACUAUUAUUUGAAAGCCAGAACUGUUGCUACUCAGGGAAACAUACAAUGGGCAUAUUAUCAUCAGCUCAACAAACUACAUAUUCAGUAUCUCUCAAGAACAGAAACCUCUCAUGGAAUAUAGCAUGUUUUGGGUAUUUUUAAAUAUUCUCUUUAUAGAUAAACUAACUAAAAUAAUCAAUUAUAACAAAUGUUUAUAACUGAAAUAAAUAUCCCAAAUACAACUAAAUAUGUUUAAUUGUGUUCUCUAAAAACUAUAUUUAAUUAGAUACAUUCUUGUGAAAAUUUAGACAAGCAUUUCUGGGGUAAUUUAAACUGAAAACAAGAGGGGGUAAAAGGGGCAAAGAAAAGUACGUCAAAAAGGGGCAAAAAGCUCUUCAACAUCUUUAUAAAGUCUGAUACAAAUGAAAAUGUGUGUGUGCAUGUGUGUAAGCUUGGAAUAAACUGUCUGACCUUUGCAAAGAGUGA